AUGUCUGCCCUGUCAACACGAACACUCGCCCGACGGCUCGCGAGCGGGCCGGGCAUCCGCGCUCCCGCGCGCGCCGUCGGCGCCGUCGCCCUGCGGCGGAUAUCCACGCUCCGCUCCAUCCGCCCCCUCCCUGCGCUCGCCGCCCGCCCCCUUUCGCGCAAUUACGCGCAGCCGGCCGGCUCGACGCGCGACGCGAAUGCAGACAACACCGCGGAGCUGCGCGACGCGAUCGUCUCUGAGCUGGAGCAGCUCGCGUCCAAGCUGUCGGCGCUGGCGCCGGAGCACGCCGCGACGCCCGGCUGGCUGCUGCCGCUCACGCGCGCCGAGACCGACUUCGUCAACAUGGGCCAGGUGCCGUGUCCGGAGGGCUGCGAGGUGCUCGCCCUCCUCGACCUCAGCACGGGUCCGAAGGGCAUUGAGCACCCCGGCGUUGGGCCCGACGGGAGCGGCGUGCAUGUCCCUCUGCUUGCCAUGGUCGGGUCCACUGAGCCUGCAGUGCCGUGUUACCCCGUCGGUAACCUUUUCGGGGACACGGCCGAAGGAGUGGCGGGCAAGAUCCGCCUCGCUGUCGACGCGCAGCGCAAGGGCGCCGCCGACACUAUCGCGCAGGGCUUGAGCGAUGCGGGGCGCGACACGGGCGCCAGCCUCAUCGCCCUUCUUGUCCCGCCUGAUGGCAAGCGCGACCUCGGCCUCCCCCUCGCGCUUGCGCUGUUUCGUCUUGCCAUGGCCGAAGGGAAUGGAUACACAGGCUAA